AUGCUUUCCUCCAGCAUGACGUGUGUAGCAAACUUCUUCACCUAUGAAACCACCAAAUCGGUGGUGGUAAAGAGCUGGACCAUCGGCGUGAUCAACCGGGCUGUCCAGCUGCUCAUCAUUUCGUACUUCAUUGGGUGGGUGUUCCUGCAUGAGAAGGCCUACCAGGUAAGGGACACCUCCAUUGAAUCCUCUGUCGUGACAAAAGUGAAGGGGUUUGGCAACUACAGCAACCGCAUUAUGGAUACAGCAGAUUACGUCACACCUCCACAGGGGACAUCAGUCUUUGUCAUCAUUACCAAACUCAUUGUGACGGAGAACCAGGUGCAAGGCUUCUGCCCUGAGAAUAAUCUUCGUUACCAGUGUACCUCAGAUAGUGAGUGCAAGAAGCCUGUCUCCAUCACCGGAGGUGGAAUAUUAACAGGCCGAUGUGUCAGUUUCAAUGCUACUUUUCGGACCUGCCAGAUCCAGGGCUGGUGCCCAGCAGAAAUGGACAAUGUGGAUGUACCUGUAAUGCUAGAAGCUGAAAACUUCACUCUCUUCAUUAAGAAUAGUAUUCGCUUUCCACUGUUCGAUUUUGAAAAGGGAAACCUGCUACCCAACAUCACAGCAGAAGAUAUCCAGAAAUGCCAUUUCCAUCCUUUAAAGCAGCCCUUCUGUCCAAUCCUGCGCCUUGGGGACAUUGUAAAAUUUGCAGGACAAAACUUUACAUCGCUGGCAAGGACGGGUGGGAUAAUAGGAAUCAAGAUUGGAUGGGUGUGUGAUCUGGAUCAUUCUUGGGAGCACUGCAUUCCCAGCUAUUCUUUCAGUCGGCUUGACAGCGUCUCCGAAAAGAGCAAAGUUUCUAGUGGAUACAAUUUCAGAUAUGCUAAAUAUUACAAGCAAGAGAAUGGCACAGAGUUCCGCACCCUGAUGAAGGCAUAUGGCAUUCGCUUUGAUGUUCUAGUAUAUGGAAAUGCUGGAAAAUUUAAUAUCAUACCAACGCUAAUCAACUGUGUGGCUGCUUUCACAUCUGUCGGAGUGGGGACAGUCCUAUGUGACAUCAUUCUCCUCAAUUUCCUGAAAGGUGCCGAUCAGUAUAAGGCCAAGAAAUUUGAAGAGGUAUCAGAGACGGUUCUGCGUCCCAACAUUCCUAGCAGCUCUAUGUAUCGAAGUGACCAGACUUUGGGAGGCCGUUGUGAGGAGAAGCAAUCAACUGAUUCAGGGGCCUACUCAAUUGGGCUCUAAUAAAUAGGAACUUUGAAGCAGACACAAAUAAAUUCUCUGUGCUGGUCAUCUGCAUGGACAUUGCCUUGCGAUAUAGCCUUCACUUUGAAUCUUCUUUUCAAAACCUGUGGUUCAGGAUAUGGCUUACAUUUUUUUUUACCCUUUUAUCAAGUGCUUGUUAUUCUUCCCACUUUGUCUUUUUCCUCAUCUUAACCAAAUACUGUACCUGUCAUGUCUUAUAAAGCCAGAAGAGCCCAUUGCUUCUUCAGACUUCUGGAAAGCAGUGGAAAUACCAAAACCUGUUACUAACCCAUUUACUAAAAUGAGAAUAUUCUAAAAUCUGAACAAAAUAUUAAUACACUCUAUGUAUUAAUGGAAGAAAUCAUAAUCUAGGAAACCUCUAGGCAGCAGCUAAUAAACUAAA